AUGACCUAUCAAUGGAGUAUAUGUAGAUAUAAUAUACCAAAUUUUAUUUGGAUAUCUUUAUUAUAUUUUUUUAUUGUUUUCAUAAAAACAAGCUUAUGUAAUAUAGUUUCACUUAACUCUAAUGAUAUUUAUAAUAAAAAAGAACCAAGAUAUUUUACACCAUUUCUUGGAACUUCUUUAUCUAUAAAUUGUCCAUUAGAAUUAUUUAAUAAUGAGAUAGGGCAUAUUAAAUGGCUUAAAGAUGACAAAACAAUUCAAAAUAAUGGACCAAUUGACAUUAUUGAUAAUAAAUUGACAAUAACAUUUCUUGAACCUGAACAUACUGGAACUUACCGUUGUUACAAAGAAACAUCAGAUGGUGUUAUAUUAUCACAUAUAAUUUAUGUAUAUGUUAAAUAUUUCCGGAAACUUUCUUCAAUGCCAACUACAUUUUAUCACAAAACAAUACAUAAAACAAAAUAUGUCAUUUUAAAGACACCUCCUGUUGAGGGAAGUAAUGAGGCUGAAAUAAAAUGGACAUGGCAUCAUAAUGGUCAUAUUAUAACAUCAAAUGAGACACAUUUUAUCUCUAGUAUUAAUGGUGAUCUUAUAAUAUUACCGAGUGAGGGAAUGUAUGGUAAUUAUAUUGUUGAGGCUGACUAUGGUUCUGUAAAAGAAGUUUCUAGUACAUAUAAAAUUGAAGAAGAUAAAUCAAAAAUUCCUCUUAAUACUAAAUUUACUCUUAUUACAAGACCAAAUGACGUUAUUAUAUCACAAAGAAAUACAUCUCUUAUUUUUGAAUGUAUGCCAAGUAGUUGGGAUAACAUAAAAAUAGAUUGGUUUUUAGAUGGUAAAUUAAUUACAAGAAAUGAAUGGAAGACCAUUAAAAUUAGUGAAUUUAAUAGAAGACUUACAAUACAUGAACCUUUUGUUACAUUAACAAAAAGGAACUCGGCAGAGUUAAGAUCUAUUAAAUGUAGAGCUUCAUCACUUUUAAAUGACAAGAUCCUUGACUUUGGUGAGGGAAAAAUUUCAUUAUAUGAGGAACCAAUUAUUGAUACAACAAUUUUACCAAAAAAAAUUAUAACUGGUAAUAAAACAUCAAUUAAAAUACAAUGUAAAAUAUUAAAAGGAUGGCCAAGACCAAAAUAUUUUUGGAGAUUUAAUGGUAGAGAAGUUAUAACAACAAAUAGUGGUUAUUUAAAAAUAGAUCCAAUUAAUGAUAGAAAUAUUGGUAUUUAUCAAUGUGAUGCUAUUAAUAUAAUUGGUAGUGAUACAGCAACAGUCAUUGUUAAAAAAGUUGAUGAUGAAGUAGUAUUAGAUGAUGAACAUCAUAUUUUACCACAACGUUUUCACGAUGAUAUAAAAGAAUCUAAUAUAUAUAUUAUAAAAAAACCUGUUAGUAAAGCUAUUUCAGCUGGUAAUGAUAUAACAUUAACAUGUGAACUUAAUACCAAUGGUGAUACUGUAUGGAAAUUUGGUGAUUCAUUUAUUAAAAUGAGUGGAAAUAAAUAUACAAUUACAAAAAAGUCAUUAACAAUUCAUUCAGUUCAAUUAAAAGAUUCAGGGGAUUAUACAUGUUUAGCUAAAAAUUUAAAUGGAAGUAUAGUUGAUGAAGCAUCUGCUGUUGUUUCGGUUAUUUCAUCAAAUAUAAUUGAAUAUGGUCCUUCUAAUCAAAGUAUGUUAAUUGGUAGUAAUAUUGAAAUGCCAUGUAAAUUAUCUCAAGAGUAUGCAACUGCUAAUGAUGUAUUAGUUACAUGGUAUUGGAAUAAUAAAAUUAUUCCUGUCCAAGGUGAUAUUCUUCAUCGAAUGUCUAUUAAAAAUGAUAACUCAUUAACAAUUAACCAAGUUGGACCUGAUAAUAUAGGUGAAUAUAAGUGUAAAGUUGUGACAGAUGAUGGAAAAGAGGAAAUUGUUUCUGCAUGGUUAAAGAUUAUAGAAAAACCCUCUAUGCCACAUGGAGUGAAUGUUGAGUUAAUUAAUACAACUUUACCAACUAAAGUAAAAGUUAUAUGGCAAUCUGGAUUUGAUGGUAAUUCACCAUUAAUAAAACAUUCUAUUGAAAUGAGGACAAUGGGCUCUGCAGGGAUAUGGUCUAAUUGGGAGACUAUUGUUGAAAAUGUUCCCACAGAAAUGUGUUGUUCUGCUUUAAUUGAUAAUUUAAAACCUUCAUCUACAGCAGAAUUUCGUGUUAUUGCUUUUAAUAGACAUGGUCCUGGUAAACCAUCAAUACCAUCAAAACAACUUUUUAUUCCUCAACAACCACCAGCUGCAGCACCUAGAAAUGUUGCUGCUAGUGCUAGAUCAUCAACAAGUGUUAUGGUAUAUUGGCAACCACCACCAUCAGAACAAUGGAAUGGUGAUAUUCUUGGAUAUUAUGUAAGAUAUCGUUUAGCAGGAUAUGCAACUGCAGAUUGGAAUGUUAAAAAUGUUUCAAAUAAUCAAGAAAGAUAUGUAUUAUUAGAACCAUUAAUAACAUGGAGAGAUUAUGAAAUUCAAGUUGCAGCAUAUAAUGAUCGUGGUUUAGGUGUAUAUAGUACACCACCAUUUGUUGUUACAACAUUAGAAGGUGUACCAUUACAAUCACCUAGAAAUAUUGAAGUUGAUAUUAUUAAUUCAACAGCUGUUAAUGUUUCAUUUGAAGCACCAGAACAACAAAUGGUUCCUGGGCAAAUUUUAGGUUAUAAAAUAGAAAUGUGGAAAGAUUCAUAUAAUAACGGUGAAGUAGAACCAACAAGAACAAUACCAUUAAUGCCAAGUUAUGGAAGAAUUAAUUCACUUAUAACGGGUCUUGAUAAAUUUGGACAUUAUAAUUUAACAGUUCUUGCAUUUACAAGUGCUGGUGAUGGACCAAGAUCAGAGGCAAUUGAUGUUAUAACAGAUCAAGAUCUUCCUGGACCAGUAAAAGGAUUAAAAUUUGAUCAAGUAUUAUUUAGUUCAGUAACAGUUAUUUGGGAACCACCAACAGAAAAAAAUGGUAUAAUAACACAUUAUAUUGUUAGAUGUUGGAAACAAGGUCAUCCAGAAACAAUACAAACAUUUAAUUUAGGAUCAAAUCAAAAUUCAGUAACAAUAGAAGGCUUAUCAGCUCAAACUAAAUUUAUUGUUGAUAUUGUUGCAUAUACUGAAAUUGGUGGUGGUGAAAUUGUUGAAGCUAAAUUUGAAUCUGGUGUACCACCAGAACUUCCUGGUAAACCAACAAGUUUAAGAGUUUCAUCAAUAACAGCAAGAACAUGUAUUCUUGAUUUUAUUCCUGGUUUUGAUGGUCAUACAAUUAUUCAGUAUUGGCAUGUUGAAGCGCAAAUUGGUUUCUCAAAUACAUUUAUACCAAUAUUUAAUAUAUCAGCACCUAAAGCUAAAAGUUUUAAAAUAACUAAUUUAAGACCUAAUACAAGAUAUAUUAUAAGACUUAUUGCUGAAAAUAUUAAAGGAUUUGGUAUACCAUCUUUACCAAGUGAUGUAUUUUUUACAGAAAAAACAAUACCAGAACAUCCACCAGAAAAAGUUGAAGCUGAACCAAUAAUGAUGAAUAGUAUACAAAUUUUCUGGAAUCUUUUACCUCAUUCAUCAUGGAAUGGUGAUUUAAUUGGAUAUAUUAUACAAUAUCGUUCAUUAGAAUUAGCAAAAAAUAAAAAUAAAGAAAGUAAAAUAACUGAUAAUGGUUUUAUUGAAGAAGAAGAUUAUGAAGAUGGUGCUGAUUUUGAAGAAGAAAUACCUAAAUAUUAUCCUAGUAAAUGGAAAGAAAUAAAAACACAAAAUACAAAAAUUUCUGAUUUUAUAAUAAAUAAUUUAAAACCAUUUACAUUAUAUGAAAUACAGGUAUAUGCUGAAAAUACAAUUGGUCGUAGUAAUCCAUCACCAAAAAUUGUUGUUAAAACAUAUGAAAAUAUACCAUCAAAUGGACCAAAAAAUGUUAAAGUUAAUCUUUUAAGUGGAAGAACAAUUAAUAUUACAUGGGAUGAGAUUGAUGAAGUUGAUUGUAAUGGUAUUUUACUUGGAUAUACAAUAAAACUUUAUCCUGAAGAUAGUAAAUUUCAAAAAAAAUAUAACAAAACAAUUGAUAUUAAAGGAUCAGAAAUAAGGUCAUAUAAAAUAACAAGUUUAAAACCAUUUACAAAAUAUUUUGUUGAAAUAUCAGGUUAUACAAUUGUAGGUAAUGGAAUAUCAACAAAAACAUUACCAAUAAAAACACCAUCAGAGGCACCAGAAGAACCAUUAGAUGUUGCAUUUAGUUAUGUUUCUGAUACAGAAGUUAGAUUAAAAUGGAUGCCACCAGAAAAUGGUAAUGGUAUUAUAUCUGGAUAUUCUAUACGUUAUUGGAAACAUGGUACAGAGGAAGAAGAUGCUAUUAAUACACAAAUACCUAAUAGUAUUUAUUGGUUUACAGCAACAGCAUUAAUACCAAAUACAACAUAUUAUUUUGGUGUUCAAGCACAAAAUGAAAAUAGUGGUUGGGGACAAGAAUCAAUUGUUAAAGUUUUAACUACAAAUUCAAGAUUUCCACAACCAAUACCUAGUAUGUUAGAAGAGAAUAAAGAAAUUAUGACUUCACCAACAGAAAUACAUUUUAAGUGGACUUAUCCUAGUUUAGAUAAUAAAUCAAUUUCAUUUGAAGAAUCACCUGUACGGUUUGUAAAAAUUGAAUAUAAAAGUAUUAGUGAUAAUGAAUAUAUAACAUUACCAUCAAAUAUUGCUGUAACAAAAAGAUCAGCAACUAUUAGUAAUCUUAUACCAAAUAUGAAAUAUAAAGCAAGAAUGAAAUUUAUUGGUGAUUUUGAAGAAAGUCCAUGGUCACCAGAAACUGAUUGGAUAACAACACCACAAACUGAUCCAUCAGGAUAUCCAGAAAAUUUUAUAGUUAAACCUUAUCAAAGUACUUCUGUUAAUCUUCAAUGGGAUUCAUUACCAUCAGAUAAUUGGAAUUCUGAUGUUAUUGGUUAUAGAAUAGAAUAUAAAGAAUACCCAUCAAAUGGAUCUUUUAAAAUUGAAGAAUUACCAUUAACUAAUAAAAUUCCUUCUAAUGGUAUAAUGAAUCAUAUUUUAGAACAUUUAACAGCAUUUAAACAUUAUAUAAUAAGAAUUCAAGCAUUUAAUAAAAUAGGAAAUUCACAAUUUACUAUACCAAAAUUUAUUUUUGUUGGAUAUUCAACACCAAAACAAAAAAUAUCUGAAUUGAAAGGUAAAUCAAUUACAUCAACAUCAAUAACAUUAAAUUGGAAAGAAUGGAAUAAAUCUGAAGAUGAUUAUAUAUCUGGUUACAAAAUAAAAUAUGUUCCACUUGUUGAUAUGAAAGAAAAAAGAAUUGUUGAGGAAGAAAUAUUAAUAACAGAAGAUAAUCAUAUUAUAUUAAAUGAUUUAAAAAAAUAUACAGAAUACCAAAUAUCAGUAUGUGGUUAUAAUCGUGCUGGUGAAGGUGAAUCAUCUAUUAUAAGACUUAAAACAUUAGAAGGAAUACCUGGUGUUAUAUCAAAUUUAAAAUUUUAUAGUAUUAUGACUGAUUCAAUUAAUGUAACAUGGGAUGAACCAUUAGAACCAAAUGGUUUAAUAUUAGGAUAUUUAAUAUCAUAUCAUCCUAGUGAAAAUAAUGGCUACAAUCAAGAUAAAAUAUUUAGAAUUAAAGAUAAUCAUGCAUUAUUAACAAAUCUUACAGAAAAUUUUCAUUAUACAAUAUCUGUUAAAGCUGAAUCAAAUCAAGGUUUUGGACCACCAACAACAUCUGAAGUUCGUGUUGGUUAUGGUAAUUUAGGUACACCAAAUCCACCAAAUAAACCAAAAGGUGUAAUAAAAAGUAAUGGUAUUUUAUUAUCAUGGAAUAAUAAAAAUAAUGAUAGUAUUAAAGGAUUUCUUAUUCAAGGUAAAAGAUUAUCAAAUUUUAAUAAUGAUACUAAAGAAUCAAAUGAAUUAGAUAUAACAUCAUCACUUGUUAAAGUUAAAAGAUCUAUAAAUAAUACAAUUAGUCAUUUAUUAGGUGAAUGGAUUAAUUUAUACAAUAUUAAUUCAAAUGAUAAUGAAUAUGAAAUUAGUUAUGAUAUUCUUCAACCAUCAAGUAUAUAUGUAUUUAGAGUAUUAUUAAAAAAUGAUAUUGGUAUUGGUAAUCCAAGUGAAGAAACUGAACAUAUUCUUAUUCCAGCAUAUAAAAAAAGACUUUAUUUUUAUAAAGAAUGGUGGUUUAUUCCAUCAACUGCAGCUAUAUUAGCAUUAUUCUUAAUAAUAAUUAUAAUAAUAUUAUGUCGUAUGAUAGUUGUUGGAAGAAAAAAAAAGUAUGAACAAAAAAAAAGUGAACCAAUGACAGGACAUACAUUAAAUUUUGUUGAAAAUACUCGAGUUAAUUAUGAAUUGGCAAAUGUUAAUGAAAGAAGAAAUGAUAUAUUACCAACACGUCCAAAUACUCAUAAUUCAUGGUUAUCUAAUGAUUUACCUGAUAAUCCAAUGUAUGGAUCAAUUCAUAGUGGUGAUAAUCAAUCACGUCGUUCUGGUAUGUCACCUUCAGUUGGUUUACAUGCUCUUUAUGGAUCAUUAACAACUGACAAAAUUACAAUGAAUGGAGAACAAUCAACAAUGGUUUUAUCAUCUUUUAAACCACCUAGUCCAAGUACUUCAUUUCUACCUAAUUUAGCACCAUCAGUAACUGAAAUAUAUGCUAGAACAAGAAAUGAAGAUAUUCCUGUACGUUCAAUGUAUGAAGAAUCUAUUAGUAUGGAUCAAGGUGAUCAUGAUUCAUUAGGAUAUAGUACUCCAACACCAUUACCAACAGGUGAAUUACCACAUGAACAAAACUAUUAUGAACAAUGUAUAAGACGUAUCCCACCAUCAACAGUAACAUAUGCCAGUUCAGAGACAUAUUCAUUGGCAUCAUCAAAACCACCAAAUACUAAUCAUUAUUAUACAACAUCAUAUCAACAAAAAGAUUAUCUACCAACACAACAACAUUCAUUAAAUGGAAAAGAAUCACCGUCAACAGAACAUAUAUCGUCGCCAUCAACAAUUCAAGAUCCUGGUAUAUCAUUACGAUCAUCAAUACAAUCUUCACCAUCUACAAAGUAUAAAACAGCAAAUUUACCUAAAAACGGGUUGUCAUCUUUUGUCUAA